AUGUUAAAUUAUGCUGACGAAAUCCAGAAAAUCUUUCGCAUCCGUAAGGUCAAAUGGCACAGUUUACACAACUUAGGCACCAUGACAGGCUAUGGUACAUACACAAUAAAAUCGAGUAGGGAAUCAAACGAUGAGGUGGAAAGAGCUCCGAAAAGAAUAAAAAGAGUCCUCAAACAGGGGCAGGGAGUUCUAGAUGAAGUUGACUUAAAGAAAUUGGACAUCGACAGGGAAAGAGUCUGUUCAAUUACUUUGUCGCCCUUAAAUGUAUAUGCUUGCCUCAAGUGUGGAAAGUUCUUGCAAGGGCGCAAAGAAAACAGCGUUGCAUUUCAGCACUCAAUUCAGGAAGAUCAUCACGCGUUCAUGAAUUUACACACAGGAAAAGCAUACAUAUUGCCCGAAAAUUACCAACUUGGCGAUAAUCCACUCCUUGAGAGGAUUAGGCUUUUCAUUGCCCCCUCAUAUACACCUCAGCAAAUUUCUGAGCUUCCAGUUCAAUGCUUCGACAUAUUCAACAAUGCCUAUUGGACAGGCUUAGUUCGCCUUAACGACAACAACAAUUCAUCUCAUAUAACGGUUGCUUUACAGUUAAUAGCACGAAUACCUCCGAUAAGAGAUUUUUUACUACUCACGGCUUCAGAUAAAUUUGAAGAUGAACUGCUAAACCGUUUGUCUCUCUUGAUUAAGAGAAUUUGGUCGUCUCACUUGCUAAAGUGUCAUCUUUCCCCCCAUGAGAUUCUUCACCACUUAUCUCUCACCAACAGCUCCCUUUUAACGCCGAAAAAUACGCCAGAACCUAAAGAUAUCUUUCUGUGGAUAAUAAAUCGACUAUUUGGUGCUGCUCCUGCCAUGAAGAAAUUAUUGAGUAAAGAGAUGAGGGGUGAACUAUUUUCGCUUACUCAGGAAGUUCCCCGUCAUGAUAAUCAACAAGAAGAUACGAAGUCCCUUGAAAAUUCUCAUACCACGCGGCGAAAAAUUAAAUUCUGGACGUUGACGUUGGACCUUCCGCCCAUGCCACUAUUUAAAGACGGUUUCGAUACAAAUAGCAUCCCUCAAGUAAGGUUGGAAGACCUAUUGACUAAGUUCAAUGGUGUCGAGAAAGCACAAACGAAGCAGGGGACGAUAGCACUUAGCCUAUCAAAACUUCCUAGGCUUCUCAUAUUGCACAUUAAUAGGUUCAAUCGAGCUGUUGAGUGCCCGAUAAAGAAUCGCAACCAAACAAUCGUCAAACUUCCUUCCAUCCUGAAGGUCAAAGGCUCCAAGUUCAAACUUAUUGCGAUCAUUUCACACAAGGGAGUUCGAGGGACUUAUAGCGAUGAGACCGAGCUAGACCAGGAAAGCCAAUGGAGCAUUAUUGUUUACGAGAAAAGUCUGGAAGAAUGGUUCGAGGUAAACGAUAAAAGUAUAACGAUAAAAGAAAAGGAGCUACUGUUUUUAGAGGAAAGCUGCAUACAAGUCUGGGAGGCCAUGGAAUAA